CGCUGGUUACGGUCUGCCAUCACCUGCUGUCAAUAUCCUGCUUGCCAACUCCCCACCUUAUUGUUGCUAUCCGACCAGGCAUCCCGUCGAGCUGCCCUCCUGGAUUCAAUCAAGAAAGAGCUGGUAAUAUCACCUGUCUCCGUGGUCCUCUCACAUUCCUCAAGUUGCAAGUUCCCAGCCACCUCCACCAAACACCCAGCGCAAUGUCAUUCCUCCUUUCACCAGCGAGACGCAUGACGUCCGCGCUCCCCUCUUUCUCACACCGUGCAUUCUCAACGACUCGCCCGUCUCAACUUGCCCGCAUGACACUGGUGGGGAGACUCGGCGCGGACCCAGAACUCGCGGAGACCGGCAAGGGCCAAGUGAUCAAAUAUGUCGUGGGCACCAGCUACGGACCGAAGGAAAACCGACAAACAUCAUGGUUCCGCGUCGCCAGCUUUGCACCGGAAGGUUCGCCCCAGCGAGAUCUUGUGAUGGGAUUAACCAAAGGAACCUUAGUCUAUCUUGAAGGAGAUGCCACCAUGCGCACCUACGAGGAUUCAGACGGCAAGAAACAGAGCUCAUUGAGCCUGGUCCAGACAAAAGUGGAAGUCCUGAAAAGACCACAGCCCAAAGAGGAGGAGACCACACCCGAAGCAGUCAGUGCUUGAAAACAUACACAGGCUUUUGGCAAUCCCAACGUGAUACGGCUUACUCUGUGCGUUGAUUCUUCGCUACUUAGGCGAUGAAAGUUGAACGAUACGAUUCUGUUCAUAUAUGUUGUAUUGGAUCCCUUCUCCGAAUGUAUUUCGCCACUCAUGGGUUUGUUGAGCGGUGAUGGCAGGGCCAAUCACCUACCAACAGGACUAUCUAGGAAAAACGUGUAUUCUAAAGGCAGAAAGGUCUGUAAUCAACGAAUGUUCCAAAAGAGAUUUGACGAAUGUGUCUCCAAUCAGCUAUUUGGUCCUGAGGCUGAUGGAUGGCGAAGUAUGUCGUGAUUAUCCUCUAGAGAAAAUUCGUCCAUA